CGCAGCCAUGAUGGGCAGAGAUGCGGCUGAACUCGAGUCCCGACGGCGCUCUAUCGCGCUCGAGGUGGCCACUCUCGCCGCUCUCCCGCCACCUCUCGCCUUUGGCUGGUCCGUCGGCCUGGUCGGGCCUGACGGGAUGGCCGCGCUCAGGCAGAUGACCCAGCGUGAUGCAGGCAAGCGGCGACGGCCAAUCACGCCGACGCCUCCACAGCCACAGCCUGGUUCUCGCAAGAGCAAGCCGCCUCGGCAGUGUAGCGAGCCGGGUGCCGUCGGGCCGACGCCGAGUACGAGCGAGGCAUUUCGGAGCAUUUCGGAGCUCAAGCGCGGGCGAGACUCGCCGAUGUCCCGCGUCCACUCGAUGCGGACGCUCGCGGCGGCUGAGACGCUCAGCUGCUGCUUCACGGAGACUGGCUGUUCGCCCAUUCCCUUCCCGCUCUCGCCCAACUUGGCCGACGCUUGCCUCGGGCUGCUGUCGACGCCAGAGCUCUUUGGCAUGGCGUGCGCCGAGUUGCCGCCGCCGCUCGGGCUGCCGCCUCCGGUUCUCCCCCACUAGUACUGCAUUCUCUCUCCGCGCAUGUACUGCAUUCUCUCUCCGCGCAUGUACGGAUGCCUGUGGCUGCGGGUUCUUUACCGCUCUCGUCGUUGCGCACAUGCUUUGUGCAGUGUCGUCUCGACCAAUCCACCAUGCACAGGACCAGUGAACCCUCUGUCGCGUCACCGAGACAAUCUUGCCGCCGAACUCAUACGAUUCUAACCGCAUUCAUUUGUUUUCGUGCAUGAGUCGUGAGUGAUGAGCGU